AUUUAUAAAAUUCAUUUGAACUGCAUUAUACAGUCAUUCAAUACCAGGGACUAUCCUUAACUUGGAAUGCAUCGUUCUGAACCAUCUUGUCAUUGCAACAAAGUUAAUUUGUAACGAGCGACUACGAAAAGUUCAACUGCUUGGAAAGUGGAAAGUGUUGCGAGUGAACAAUCGCCAUGUACUCUGAGUGGGCUUCGCUGUCAACCCAGAUUAGUGCCAAUAGCUGUGGUGCGCAAUGCUUUAGUGUUUUAAAUAAGUUUCCCGCAUCUGCUGGACGGGAAGUGGUUAUAUCUGUGGUAAAACAAUUAGGCACAAAUUUGGGAAUCACGCAAAAUGCAGAACCUAGCCACUUGGUCAAGGAUGAAGAGGUCAAAUGGUGCAUGGAUGUCAUUUGCUUUGGCCUCUCGUUGCCACUUCAGGAGCAUGAAACCAUCAAGGAUUGCGUCAAUGUUUAUUGCGAGUGGUUGACGGCUUUGCAUCCGCAGCCUCGCAUUAGCGUUCCCAAACCCAUUUGUGAGGAUGCGAAUCUCUAUGCCAGACAAAUCAUAAAUCAUUUCCACAAUCUCUUUGUGCCGCGCCAGGGUGAAAUCUUGCCAUUUCUAUACCAAUCGAAGCUUGGCAGUGACACCAUCAAGCGUCAGGCUGUCCUUUGUCAUCGCGUGCUGCGAACUCUUCAGCAAACUGCUCAAAUAUCACAGCAAAUGGAUCGUCAGACUUGGGACACACUGCUGCUGUUCCUGUUGGCCAUCAAUGAGAUUCUAUUGGCGCCACCAACGGUGAAAGAUGAUGUUGGCGACCAGUUAUGCGAACGAGUGAUCUCUGUGCUCUUCGAGGUUUGGUUGUUGGCCUGCGUGCGCUGCUUUCCAUCGCCCUCGUUGUGGAAGACCUUGCAGGAGUCAUGUGCUAUGUGGCGUCACCGCGUUGCUCUGGUGGAUCAAUGGAACCGUGUCAAUUUGGCAUUAACGGCACGUUUGCUUGAGUUCAGUUACGGACCCGAUUUUACUCAACUCAAGAUUGCCGACGAGGAUAGUCAGCUUAUACCUGCGGGCAUGUCAAACGACUGUGUGGCCCAGACUUGGUAUCGCUUCCUGCGCAUGAUCGGCAAUCCCACCGCACUAUGUUCUCCGCAUUUGAUUAGCAAGUCCUCGCACUUUGUGCAAUGGGCGCUGACUCAUGAGAAGGGCGCCGAAACACAUCAACAUCCGUGCCUGCAAAUGCUGCCGCAGAUCUUUCUCAAUGCUAUUAAGGGAAUCUCCAGUCAAGUUGAUGCAUUUUUGGGCGUUUAUCAGCCAGCAGCUAAUCAGCAGGACAACGUAGUUACGAAUCUGCUUGAGAUACGGCACUCCCUCAACGAGGCCACCUCGUCCACGCUUCAGCAAUUCAUACACUCGAGCAGCGUUUCAAAUAUUAGCACUCAACAAGCUGGACAGCAGCAGCAUCCGCAUCCGCAUCAUCACCAUCAUCUUCCGCAUUUGCAUUUACAUGGCGCCGGUAGUUUUCUGCGCGACAACUUUGUCAGCAGCUCGGCUAGUUCUGCUUUAAAUGCCAUCAUGGGCCACCAUCAUCAGCAGCAACCACAAACCCAGGCAACAGCAGUAGCAGCAGCACAAACUCAAGGGCAUCUCAGCCAUGGCCAUGCUUCUCCCACCAACGUUUGCCACGGACCAUCAACGUCAACAGUCCCUGUAGGCAGCGUAAGUGCAGGUGGCAGCCACUCAGCUGGCGUGGUAGGCUGCAUUUCGUUCACUCCAGCUGAGCCAAUGCUAAUGCCAUUGGCGAACUCGACUAGCAACAGCAGCUGUGUGACGCCAACGCCGCCUCUUCAGCGUCGCUUAGCCAAAAGUUUCAGCGUAGCUCCGUCUAUAACGCAGCAGAAGGGCUUAAGCAAAACUGCGCUUAUCAGUCUAACACGCAGUUCGGCGAAUGCGGCGGCCCCCACAACGCCAACUUCAGGUCCGCCCUCAUCGAGCAGCAUCAAUUCGUUGCCAUCCAUUGGAACUGAAGUUCGGACGACGUUGUCUGUGGCUCGUCCAAAGUGCAACAGUAUUCUGCAUUUAUUUGGCGAGUGGUUGUUCGAGGCAGCGCACAUAGGCGGCGACACUUGGUUACAGAACCGUAAGAGACAAGCAUGUGAAGCCAGCAAGCGACCGUCAUCAAUGAUAAUGGAAAAUCGCAAGGGCUCAAUAUCGCUUUCACAACCAAAUUCACUGAACGACCCGUCAUCAUUGCCGCCCACUCUGACCAUAGACAAGUAUGAAUCUGGCCGUGCUGAAGCUAUCGGCACUCUGUGUAAGAUUUUCUGUGCCAAGAAAACGGGAGAAGAGAUCCUGCCAGUCUAUUUGGCCCGCUUUUAUAUGGCACUACAGCAGUGCCUAAAGAUUACCGAGUCGAAAGAAUGCGAUGAAACAUUGGCGAGUAUUUUGCUGCACUCAGCCGAUUUAUUCCGUUUGGAUCUGGAUGGCAUUAAUGUGCUACUACCUGGCUAUAUAGCUGCAUUGGAAAUUGUGCUGCCCGACAAGGACUUGAAGCUAAAAACUCAGGCAACUGCAUUUAAUCGAACUGAUCUGCGUCGCUCAGCAAUUAACAUUCUUCUGUCGAUUAUGGUGCUUCCCCUUCACUACCACAAUUUGCCUAUCCGGAAUUUGACUUCGGACUCAAAUGAAAAGCCGCUGACCUUCAUUCAACUUAAAGCGCGCUUGAUGAAUAUUUUAAUGAAUGCCCUGCAAGUUGAGACGGAUGCUCAGAACACUCAUAUGCUGCUUGGCGGAUUGUUGCUCUGUGUCCAGGAUGCGGUUACUUUCGAAGAGUGCGAGUUAAGCGGCAAUGAGCAUUUAAGCGGACCAACUGGUCAAAAUCAUGAAGAUAAUUUGCUUAGCUCCGCCUGCUCGGAGCGUUCCGCUUCGUUAGUCAGCGGCACAGUAAGCUUUGGUGGGCAAACCCCAGCAAUGAGCUCGCGUGACACGGCCUCAGCUCACGAGUAUCCGAGUCUGACUAUAUCCGAUGAUAUAUCGGUGGAUUUUACACAUGAUUUUGAGAGCAUUGCAUCAUAUGAUAACGCACACGCUUUGUUUGUACGGGCUACUUAUUUGGUUUGCCACCGCCUCAUUUCCUCGUGGAAAACGGAUUUAAAUGUUUCACUAGCGGCUCUGGAGCUGUUGUCCGGAUUGGCACGCCUGCACAUACGUGAAACAGAUUCUUUAGUCAAAAUUGUCGAACCAAGCCAAAAUCUAACGAUAAUCUCCACAGACGCUCUAGAGUGCAAGCGGGCAGUCAAGUGGAUAUGUGACUAUAUUUGCUAUCAAUGCUCUCGACCUCCGCCUGCCCACAGUAAGGAUCUGCACAGCACAAUCGUUGCAGCGUUUCAAUGUACAGCAGCAUGGCUGAUGCAGCAUCCAUACUUGCUGCAGGAUAAAGAUUGCCUGCAAACAGUCCUGGAGGUUGUCGAGCUGGGUAUAUCUGGUACGAAAAGCCAAAGCAAAAAUGGCGAUUUACCCAAAUUCAAAGAUGAAAAAGAACUCAAGCCUGCUUCAAUGAGAGUUCGUGACGCGGCAGAGAAUCUGCUUACAAUUAUUCUGGAGCAGGUCGGCUAUUUCCCAAGCGAGUGCGGCCCAGAGUCCAUAUCUUCACUCUUAAAUGAACUGGCCUUAAUCAAACAUUGCACGCAUCCGACUGGAGAUGGAUCUGUUGGUGUUUGCAACACUGAGCAAGCAAUUUCCAAGUUUAAGUAUUUUGUUACCGAAAACUCGACUAUUUUGGCGCUUCUAGAAGAGCCUUUAGGUAACGAUCAGGAUCCGCAACCAACAAUCACUCUCCUUAUAAGGGGUCCAUUUGGUCGACAUGCCUGGACCAUGCAACUGCGCCAUCUACCGCGCAGCAAGUCUGGCAUCAAGUAUCAUGCCGUUAAUCCAGGUCGACCCAUACCCUUGAAUGACAUAACACAACGUCCCGAGUGUGAGCAAAAAAAUUUCCCCGAAGGUGUUGAUAAAGUGCAGCCCUGCGUGGCCGACUACUCAAUACCAACCAUUGAGCAAAUACGUGAGCAGUAUGGUGCCAGUAUAAUAGGUGAUUUAGAAGCAAUGCUUGAAAACCAAAGCAUACAUGAGAAGCUAGCUUGGGCAGAAUCUGACAAUAGCAUGGACAGUCUGUCACAUGCUCAGGAAUGCAUACCUCCCGCUGUCUGCCACGAGUUCCACGCGGCUCGUCUGUUUCUAUCUCACUUUGGUUUCCUUAACUUUGAGAUACGUAAUCCGCAGAAUCCAAAUGAAUCUUUGGGAGCACCGCCGCAAAGGCCACUGAUUGUACUUGACACGACUGCCAGCGCUUUUGCAGCAGACUUAGAGAAUCUAGAUAAACUCAGCGCUCGCACACACGAUACUGUUUAUGUAUUCUACGUAAAGGCGGGUCAGACAAGUGCGUCUCAAAUAAUUGGCAAUAUGGCAGAGGAUCAGACAUAUGACUCCCACUUUGCCAACAUGCUCCAAACAUUAGGUUGGCCAGUUCAGGUGGCGGAUCACUCGGGAUGGACUGGCUUCGUACACAAUUCAUGGUCCCUCAAAAACACAACGGAAUCGACAGAUCGCAAUCAAUCAAAUGUAUCUAACGAAUUGUCCUAUAAUGGUGCGCAACAUGUACUUUAUUGGGCGGAUGUGUCCGCUGAGAUAGCUUUUGUAGUACCCAAUGCUUGGAAUAUGCGCUAUAAUAGUGACAUUGAUAGCUGUAGCCUGUCGAGCAAUAUCAGCGACCAGAGCACGGCGAGCAAUGUAUGGAUGCGCGGAGAGGAUACUGGGCCGUUAAAGUCGAAGCCAAGAAAUCUCAGCUUAGAGCUUGACACUGGCAGUAGAAACAAGGAACCAAUACCACCCACUCGACGAAAGGGUACUGUUUCGAAGCCUGUGUUGCUCGCUCAAGCUCCAACAAAGAUAUUUCUCGUAUGGCUGGAGAGCUUUGAGGAUUAUUUGAAUUUCCCUGUUGAAGAUCUUCUGGCCUACGCACGCACUGGAGAAGAGCUACAUUCGAUGCAAAUGCCAAAAGCAGCUGAUUGCCAUGUGAUUUUUGUACAUUCUCUGCAGUCUGGUUUGCUGCGAGUAAAACUCUUGGGACCAUCUGGACGCAUGAGCUUUGCUACACCACUUGUCGACGGCAUGGUGCUCAGUCGUCGUAUUGUGGGCAAUUUGGUUCGUCAAACGGCGCUAAACAUAUCACGGCGCAGACGUUUAGAUAACGAUAAUUACCAACCACCACACGUGCGUCGUCGCUUGAAGGUGCAGGACAUAGUCCAAAAGUACAAAAUGGAUCUGACCGAGGCAGAGCUCUUGGCGCAUUUGUUCCACCGCUCCAUUUAAAUAGAAUCAACUAACAAUAAGUUAACUUAUUUUACUGGUAUUGGCGCUAUUCUAAAUGCAUUUCAAUGUAUUAAGCUAAAAUAAACUAACAAAGUUAGGUUCUCAAAAACACAAGCAAACAAACAAGUUAACUUUUAAGCUAUAAAGUCACACCUUGUCUCAACUAGCUAGCCACUUUUGCCUCAUCGCCCACAUGCUAACAAGACGCGAUUAAAGCAUUUACAGAAUGCGCAAACUCCGUACUGAAAUAACCCAACCACUACGUACAACUCAUAGAGGCUGGCCUCGAAUGCAGGCAGGCUGCAUAUAUUUUUGACCGCAACUGCACAACGGCAGCAAAAGGCCUCUGCGUGUUAUUGCAAUAUUUCUCAAAAGAUAAGAAUGUGACUAUAGCUGGGCUUGGGUGCAUGCCGAAGCUGAACGUUUGACGCUAACAUUUUAGAUCAUACACAAAUAAAAUCGGG